AAUGGGAAGCGAAAGUGCACGGGGAAAGGGAAAUUCCCCAAAGGAUGGGGAAAGUGGGUGAGAGCAGCAGAUAAAUAGUAGCCUGAAUGCUGCUUCUCUCCACACACCACAUUUCCUACUCCAACAGCAGAAUUGGAAGCAAGAAAAGCCUGAAGGAAAGUGAAGAUGAUCAAGAAGUCCUUUCUCAUCCUCCUGCUUCUUCUCCUUGGAACAGUUUUUACACAAGGAAUGCCAACUUCUAUGGGUAGAGGACGCUGUCUUUGCCGAGGAACCAUAACCAUGAACUCUGUCCUACCAAAGCGCAUUUCUGGAGUUGAAUACCACCGGCCAAGCAGCAACUGUGAUCAGGAGGAACUGGUAGUCACUUUCAAAAGGAGUGGGCAGAAAGGAUGCCUCAACAUUUCUUCAGACCAAGGCCGGAGAAUAAAAGCGGCUAUUAUGAAGAAAAAGAAAUAAAGAUCAUGAGCCAGAAAGAAGGAGAAGAGAGUAAAAAUAUAAAUGGGCAUUUAAGAUGCAUCAUGGAGGCUCGUCACUCAACAUUGGAAAAGGGCUAAGUGCAUGCAGCCAUUAUAUUAACUGCUGUUUUUGGUUUUUUGCAAAGGAGAAUGGAAAAUGUAGGGAAUUCUCCUUUGGAGCUUCUUUUCCCUCUUAGCUCAAAGACUGUUUUUGCUGUGAGAGGAAACAGAAAAGGAAGCUCAAGGAAAAUAAUGUCACAAUGUGGGUGAUCUCCAAAGUGCUGAUAACCAUGUGGCUUUGGCUGCAAUGCUCUUCUAUCAUGCCAAAUGUAGUCCUGUAUUUAUUUCUCCUAUCUUGCAUGCAUAGCCAGCUAGUUGGGAGUGAACAACGGGUGUUUGCUUAAUGGCUGUUGGGGGUCUGGUUUGUUUGCAGAGCCAACUUUAGAAUAUAUGCUUGAGAUGCCAAGCGUACCUAGGGGUGGGGUUGUAAAAGUGGGUUGCCCAGUCUGGGGGUGGGGGGAAAUGUCUGCUGUGAGUAGAGCUAAAAGUAGUUUGAAUCUCUGCCAACCCCCGCCCAAAGCGGCAGUUCUCCGUUUGUGUUUCACACUGACAGCUUUGGAAACUCUGGGGUUCUACUGUUAUUUUGGAACCAGCAUAACUGAUGUACUUGCUUACUAUGUGUAAAAAGAGAGAGAGAGAGUUAUUUUUUUAGAUGUGUUUACUUUGUAAAUAAAGCAUUUUUUUAAAAAAGUU